ACAUCACAUAAAACAUAAAACAUAAAUAAACAAACAGAGGUAAUUCUAACCCAUAACCCAGAAUAAUAACUAUUAAUUAUUCUGGGCCCAUAAUACAACUUCUAACCAGCUUCUAUCUGUAUACUUCUAAUUAUGUGAAUAAACGAAUAAACAUCAACAACUGCGUUACAACGUUACAACUGUACCAUAUCUGUAUCCCAACCAAAGUUCAUUAAAAAAAAAACUUAUUUUAAACUAUCUACAAAUAAUAAGAAGCAUGAAUGUAAUGUUACUCCAGUAUCUCCAAACAGUAAUACGGAUGUAUUACCAAUGUAAUGAUUAGGUGUCUUUUUAAAAAUUCUCACUAUGUUGAAAAAUAUUGUGAUUAUAUCCACCUUAAUUAUUAUAGUUAUUGCAGUUUAUUUUCCAUCAAGACAUGCAAGACAUUAUAAUUACAUUUCUGUCAAAGAUAUGUUAAAUGAAUUAGAUUUGAAAUGGCCACAAAAUAAUAGGGUUUUAAAGAAUUGCUCCUAUAAUGAAAUUGUCACAAAUGAUGAAGACAUCGAAAUAUCUUCAAUAAAGGAUAAGAGAGAGUUCAAGAAGCCUCUGUUAGGAGGAGAAUUUAUACCAGAUGACUGCAUUGCUCUUGAAAAAACAGCAAUAAUCGUACCAUACAGAAACAGAAGUUAUCAUUUAAACAUUUUUGUUAAAUAUAUGCAUUGGUUCCUUCAGAAGCAAAAAUUACAUUAUCGCAUUUUUGUUGUGAAUCAAAAUGAUUCUUUACCAUUCAACAGAGCAAAAAUGAUUAAUUAUGGUGCGAAGAUGUCUAUUCGCUUACAAUACCACUGCUUGAUAUUGCAUGAUGUUGAUUUAAUACCUAUCAAUACAAGGAAUAUUUAUGCAUGCUCCAAAUUGCCCAGGCAUAUGUCAAGUAGUUUGGAUACUUUUAGAUAUAAUUUGCCAUAUUUGACUUUAUUUGGUGGAGCAGUUUCUAUAACAUCGGAGCAAUUUUUAAAAGUCAACGGUAUGUCCAAUGAAUUUUUUGGUUGGGGUGGAGAAGAUGAUGAUUUUUACAGGCGCUUAAUCUACAACAAUUUAGAACCCUGUAGAUUUUCACCUGAGGUCAGCAAAUAUACUAUGUUACCACAUAGAAAGGAGGAUGCUAGUGAAAACAGGUUCAGAACUUUGGAGAAAACCAAAGAAAUGGAAAAAAUCGAUGGUCUGAAUUCCAUAUCAAGCAGUUAUAUCAUAAAAUUAGAAGAACUUUAUACUCUUCUAAUAGUUCCUUAAAUUUUUACUCGUUUGCUCAACAAAACUUACAUAUAAUAUACAUGAAAAUG